AUGGUUCAACUGACAGCAAAAAAUGGUCAAGUGCAUCACGUGCGAGCCUUAUUGGAUUCCGGAUCCCAAAUCAAUCUUCUAGCAGAAUCUGCGGUGCAGAGGCUCAAAUUAUCAAAAUACCCAUCUACUGUUCCAGUCAUUGGCGUUGGCGGCAAUAGAUACCAGCUUCAUCACAAGGUGGUGGUACCAAUGUCGUCCAACUGCAGUAGUUUCGCUACCAACAUUGAGUGCUAUACUUCGCCGAAGGUCACAGGGACGAUUCCAUCUGUCCGUGUCAAUAUUGAUAACUGGAACAUUCCUCCGGGUAUAAUAAUGGCCGAUGCUUCAUUCCACUGCCCACGGGAAAUUGAGUUGUUGAUUGGAGCCGAACUAUUUUUCGAUGUGCUGAAGGAAGGGCAAAUAAAGCUUGCCAAUCGUCUGCCAGCCUUGUAUGAAACCCAAUUCGGAUGGGUCGUGGCCGGAUCGUACGCAGAACAGGAGGAAGAUAACCCAGUGUGUGCCAAUAUAGCCUUGACUGACGGCUUGGAAGAAUGUAUGCAACGGUUCUUCAACCAGGAAGAAAUUUCUGAGCCAGCCAUGAUCACCACCGAGGAGCAACGUUUCGAAGAACAUUAUCAGCGAACCUAUCGUCGGGAAAAAAGUGGAAGAUUCGUAGUCCAGUUACCAUUUCGCGAUAACGUCAACCAGUUAGGAAACUCUAGAUCUCUCGCCUUGAAACGAUUCCUGCUUCUGGAGAAAAGGUUGGCACGAAAUCCUGACCUUAAAACCCAGUAUGCCGAUUUCAUCGAGGAGUACCAAACCCUUGGUCACUGCCGGCGAGUUGAAGAGGAUGAGGAUUCUCCGGGCACCCAGAGCUACUAUCUGCCACACCAUUGUAUUUUGAAGCCAACAAGCAGCAGUACCAAAUUACGUGUCGUUUUCGACGCUACCGCGAAGACAAAUGGACUAUCCCUAAACGACGUGCUGAUGACCGGUCCGAUUAGCCAAAGCGACUUGUUCACUAUCGUCAUGCGCUUCCGGACUCAUCCUAUCGUUAUUACUGCGGAUUAG